UCCGGGCUUGGGGCAGGAUGAAUGCUAAUUUCCAAGAUGGCGGCGGAGGGAGGAGGGAAGGAGAUGAACGAAAUUAAAACUCAGUUCACUACCCGGGAAGGCGUCUAUAAACUCCUCACUCACUCUGAAUACAGCCGCCCAAACAGGGUGCCUUUUAAUUCCCAGGGCUCUAACCCGGUCAAAGUCUCCUUCGUGAACGUCAACGACCAGUCUGGCAACGGCGACAGAAUCUGUUUCAAUGUGGGCCGGGAGCUAUACUUUUAUAUCUACAAAGGCGUCAGAAAGGCCGCCGACCUGAGCAAGCCCAUAGACAAGCGGAUAUACAAGGGAACGCAGCCCACCUGCCACGACUUCAACCACCUGACGGCCACGGCCGAGAGCGUGUCCCUGCUGGUGGGCUUCUCCGCCGGCCAGGUGCAGCUCAUCGACCCCAUCAAGAAGGAGACCAGCAAGCUGUUCAACGAAGAAAGACUAAUAGACAAGUCGAGGGUCACCUGUGUGAAAUGGGUGCCGGGCUCGGAGAGCCUCUUCCUGGUGGCGCAUUCCAGCGGUAGCAUGUACCUCUACAACGUGGAGCACACGUGCGGCACCACGGCGCCGCACUACCAGCUGCUCAAGCAGGGCGAGAACUACGCCGUGCACACGUGCAAGAGCAAGUCCACACGCAACCCUCUCCUCAAAUGGACGGUGGGCGAGGGGGCGCUCAACGAGUUCGCCUUCUCGCCCGACGGCAAGUUCCUGGCCUGCGUCAGCCAGGACGGCUUCCUGCGGGUCUUCAACUUCGACUCGGUGGAGCUCCACGGGACCAUGAAGAGCUACUUCGGCGGGCUGCUCUGCGUCUGCUGGAGCCCGGACGGCAAGUACCUGGUCGCGGGCGGCGAGGACGACCUGGUGACCGUCUGGUCGUUCCUGGACUGCCGGGUGAUCGCGCGCGGUCACGGACACAAGUCCUGGGUGAGCGUGGUGGCCUUCGACCACUACACGACCAGCGUGGAGGAGAGCGACCCCAUGGAGUUCAGUGGCAGCGACGAGGACUUCCAGGACCAAACGCACUUUGACCGCGACCGGGCCAACAGCACGCAGUCCCGGCUGUCCAAGAGGAACUCCACGGAGAGCCGGCCGGUCAGCGUCACGUACCGGUUCGGCUCGGUGGGCCAGGACACGCAGCUGUGCCUGUGGGACCUGACGGAGGACAUCCUGUUCCCUCACCUCCCGCUGUCCCGCACGAGAACGCACACCAACGUCAUGAAUGCCACCAACCCCCCCGUGGGCGUGGGCGUGGGAGUGGGCGUGGGCGUGGGUGUGGGUGUGGGCGUGGGAGUGGGAGUGGGAGGGAGCGGCGGAGGAGGCAGUGGGAGCAUCGUCAUUAACAACAACCCCGGCACAAACGGCAACAACAGCGGCGGGAGCACGCCCGGCAACUCCCUCCCGGCGCCGUUGCCGCGCUCCAACAGCCUCCCGCACUCGGCGGGCACCGCCGCCACCGCCAACAGCAAGAGCGGUGCCGCGGACGGCGCCGUGGCGUCGGGGGUCAGCAAGUUCGCCACGCUCUCGCUGCACGACCGCAAGGAGCGUCACCACGAGAAGGACCACAAGCGCAACCACAGCAUGGGCCACAUCAGCAGCAAGAGCAGCGACAAGCUCAACCUGCUGGCCAAAACCAAAACGGACCCCGCUAAGACCCUGGGGACCACGCUGUGCCCCCGCAUGGAAGACGUGCCCUUACUAGAGCCCCUCAUCUGUAAAAAGAUAGCACAUGAAAGACUCACUGUCUUGAUAUUUUUGGAGGACUGUAUAGUCACAGCCUGCCAGGAGGGAUUUAUUUGCACAUGGGCGAGGCCUGGCAAAGUGGGUUUAUUGUCAUCCCAAAACCAAGCCAACUCUCCUAGUGGAACUGUAGUAUAGCCACCGUAUUUCUGCUGCUAUGAAACCCUCAUCAGAGACAUAAUGUCGUCAGAGCCUGACACUGGCCUUCGCUCGCACAGCAUUGCAAGUUUGGUUUUUGUUUUUUUCUUCCUUUUCUUUUCUCGUGUUUGGUCUUUCUAUGGUUUUAAGAAACGCGCCCCAGCGUAUGGCUAAAGUCCACGAACACAAACGUAAAAGGGCGGGGCGCAAUUUUGGACGGUGGCAAACAGUAUCCCAGCAGUGUCUUUUUAUUUUUUGUUUCCUUCCCAUCGCCACCACGGUCCCUCGACUUUUGUCUCUUAUGUUUGCUUUCAGUGGAGACGGCACCUGACCGUAAAUCGGUCUUGGGUUUUACUGAAGCCCGUUUUUUUGGAAUGGUGGUAACUUGGCUAUCACGAUACGACCUCAUCAUGCCUGCUUAGUAGAUGCAGAAAAGGAACUGUUUGCCUCCAUCCAAAAUUCUUAUAAAAUUGAAACCCUUUUUCAUUUGCAUUAUAAUCUCACUAUUGAAUACUUUGCACUGAUUUCUUUUUUUUUGUUGUUUUUUCCCCCCGUUUUUACUUUAUAACUACUAUAAAGGAACAAAAACAUUUGAGGAAGGCCUGGAUGCACUUGGGUUAUGACAAGUCACUAUCUUCUGGCUUGGACUUUUUGAAUCUGAAAGCUGGAUGCUGCAAUCAUAGUUUUUUAAAAGAAAAAUUGUUUGCACUUAAUAGUUUGUUAGAAGAGAAUGGCUUUACAAUUUUUGGGUGCGCAAGGACUCCCAGACAGCUACCUGGUGGAGAAAAUAUUAAAUGAUUAAAACCUUUGUAUCUAUUGAGCAUUUAUUUUAAUAUUGUUUCAGAUUAAAACAUUGCUCUGUAUUAUAUGUAUAAAAUUGUAAUUAAGUGAUUGAUGGGGCAAAGACAAAUGAUCAUUACGUUAGUGGAAAUUCAUCUUCAUUAAAGGAAAAUAGUGAUAUUUCUAAUGCAGAAAAGUAUACAUCUUAAUAAUAUUAAAACAAUCUUGGAUAUGCAGAUUUUUGUUUUUCUCUUCUGUUGUACAAAAGAUCAUUCAGAUGUAUUUUUCUUAAUUAAAUGUUUGGUAUAGGAGGUCUUUGUAUCAAAUGCUCUUAUCUCCAAGAUGAAGCUCAAAUGCUUACUUAUUGUUACGGAUUCACAAAAUGUACAGUAGUGGGGCAGAGGAACAGUCGAACUCCGCAAUUAUUUGAAGCUCAGGAAGUCUAUGGUAGACUAAAAAAUAUGAUAUUUUGCUUAACAUCAUCAAUGCUAUUCUAUGUAACAUUAAGUAGCAUCCACUAGGAACUACUAAGUUCAAGGUUCAGCAGUAGGACCUUUUUUUGUGUGACACUAUUAAAAACAGUUCUAAUGUA